GUCCAGUGGGGGCGGUAGGAGCUAUGAGGAAAUAGAGACGGUGGUAGGGGUUGUGUGAAGAUGGAGUUUCCCGGAGGAAAUGACAAUUACCUGACGAUCACAGGGCCCUCGCACCCCUUCCUGUCCGGGGCCGAGACAUUCCAUACACCAAGCUUGGGUGAUGAGGAAUUUGAAAUCCCACCUAUCUCCUUGGAUUCUGAUCCUUCACUGGCUGUCUCAGAUGUGGUUGGCCACUUUGAUGACCUGGCAGACCCUUCCUCCUCACAGGAUGGCAGUUUUUCAGCCCAGUAUGGGGUCCAGACAUUGGACAUGCCUGUGGGCAUGACCCAUGGCUUGAUGGAGCAGGGCGGGGGGCUCCUGAGUGGGGGCUUGACCAUGGACUUGGACCAUUCCAUAGGAACUCAGUAUAGUGCCAACCCACCUGUUACAAUUGAUGUACCAAUGACAGACAUGACAUCUGGCUUGAUGGCGCAUAGCCAGUUGACCACCAUUGAUCAGUCAGAACUGAGUUCUCAACUUGGUUUGAGCUUAGGGGGUGGCACCAUCCUGCUACCUGCCCAGUCACCUGAAGAUCGUCUUUCAACCACCCCUUCACCUACUAGUUCACUUCAUGAGGAUGGUGUUGAGGAUUUCCGGAGGCAACUUCCCAGCCAGAAGACAGUGGUGGUAGAAGCAGGGAAAAAGCAGAAGGCCCCCAAGAAGAGAAAAAAGAAAGAUCCUAAUGAACCUCAGAAACCAGUCUCAGCAUAUGCUUUAUUCUUUCGUGAUACACAGGCUGCCAUCAAGGGACAGAAUCCCAAUGCCACUUUUGGAGAGGUUUCAAAAAUUGUGGCUUCCAUGUGGGACAGUCUUGGAGAGGAGCAAAAACAGGUGUAUAAGAGGAAAACUGAAGCUGCCAAGAAAGAGUAUCUUAAGGCUCUGGCUGCUUAUAAAGACAACCAAGAAUGUCAGGCCACUGUGGAAACAGUGGAAUUGGAUCCAGUGCCAGCAUCACAGACUCCUUCUCCACCUCCUAUGGCUACUGUUGACCCAGCAUCUCCAGCACCAGUGUCAACAGAGCCCCCUGCCCUGUCCCCUUCAAUUGUUGUUAACUCCACUCUUUCAUCCUAUGUGGCAAACCAGGCAUCUUCUGGGGCUGGGGGCCAGCCCAAUAUCACCAAGUUGAUUAUUACCAAACAGAUGUUGCCCUCUUCUAUUACCAUGUCUCAAGGAGGGAUGGUUACUGUUAUCCCAGCCACAGUGGUAACCUCCCGGGGGCUCCAACUAGGCCAAACCAGUACAGCCACUAUCCAGCCCAGUCAACAAGCCCAGAUUGUCACUCGGUCAGUGCUGCAGGCAGCAGCAGCAGCUGCUGCUGCUUCUAUGCAACUGCCUCCACCUCGACUACAGCCCCCUCCAUUACAACAGAUGCCUCAGCCCCCGACUCAGCAGCAAGUUACGAUUCUGCAGCAGCCUCCUCCACUCCAGGCCAUGCAGCAGCCUCCACCUCAGAAAGUUCGAAUCAAUUUACAGCAACAGCCACCUCCUCUGCAGACCAAGAUUGUGCCUCUACCCACUCUGAAAAUGCAGACUAACUUAGUCCCGCCAGCUGUAGAAAGUAGUCCUGAACGGCCUGUGAACAACAGCCCUGAGGCCCACACAGUGGAGGCAACCUCUCCUGAGACAAUCUGUGAGAUGAUCACAGAUGUAGUUCCUGAGGUUGAGUCUCCUUCUCAGAUGGAUGUUGAACUGGUGAGCGGGUCUCCUGUGAUGCUCUCACCCCAGCCUCGAUGUGUGAGGUCUGGUUGUGAGAACCCUCCCGUUGUGAGUAAGGACUGGGACAAUGAGUACUGCAGCAAUGAGUGUGUGGUGAAGCACUGCAGGGACGUAUUCUUGGCCUGGGUAGCCUCUAGAAAUUCAAACACAGUGGUGUUUGUGAAAUAGUCCUUCCUGUUCUCCAAGCCAGUGAAGAUUUAUCUGCUGGGAACAUGUCCAAGAGCCUGUUUCUGAAACACAAGUUUGGCUUCUGGUAGUGCCUGAUCUCAACCUAUGAUGGCCCUUCAUGCUUCUCCCCUUUGAUCUUCCUUCACAGGCCAGGUUAUGGAGCAGGGACAUUGAGUUUGCUGUAAUAUUGAAUUGCUUUUUACUUUCAACUAAUUGGAAAUACCAGUGAUAAUAGCAGAGGAAGGGUGAAGGAAUUAUGGACAAGCAAAACAUAGGGAUGGUAGGGGUGGUUGUGGGCAUUGUUUGAGGAAACUUGUUGGUACAAUUGUCAUAGGACUUACCUAAAUAUUAUUAAAAUGAUGGGAGAGUACUCAGCUUUGAGCCUAGGAGAAAAAACACUGUGUGCAUCCAUUUUAAAAGGGAUAAGAGCUUGCAUUAAAGGUCCCCUCUUGACAGGGAAUUACUACUAUCACAUCAAUAGACUGCUUUGAGAACAAAGAUUUUCAACACAGUAGGCAUGCUGGGCUGCAGGGAAAAUGACAUCACCCAGGAGUUUUUUAUUUAUUUCUCAUUAAAAAGAUCCUUCUUUA